AUGGCUAUUUUAUUAGAAGGUGAGCAUUUAAGAACUAGUGUUGGGAUCCGUUUGGUUAAACAUCCGGAUAUUCGGAUGACAAAUUUUGGACACGGAUGCUAUUAUCCAGAUAUCCAGAUGGCCAUUUUAAGCAUGGAUAACUAUCCGGAUCCCAACAUUAUUUAG